AUGUCGAGACCAAAAUAUUGCCAACAUCCAACGAGACACACAACAUCUACAUCAGAAGCAAAAGGAGUUAGAGCAGUCUCAUUGAAAUUAUCCAUGUUUUUAAUCAGUCGAUAUGAUAUCACGGACACUCGUGUUCAUUGGCUCUGUCCUAGAUGUCAUACAUUGGAAUCAAAUGAAAUGAAAAUUCAUCAACCAAUGCAAAUCAACAACAAUAGAAGCCUCACUGAUGAUGAAUACACGAUAGAAGAUAUUUCUUCUGGUGAAGAAGAUGAUGAAGAAGAUGCUGACGAAGAAGUUUCGUAUGACAAUCUAGAAGAUGAGGAUAAUGUUUACAUGAAUGAUAACAUGGAAGCUGAGACAAAAGACAACGAUGAAGAAACUGAUGCUGAAUCAAUGGAUGAAGAAUCAGAUGAUGUUUCUUAUGAUCUCGAAUAUCACCAAAAUGAAGCAAUAUAA